GCCAUAUAAGCUCUGUAGUAAGUAUAAGGCCCCUUAAAAACAUUAUUUUGUAUCCCUUGUGUCUAUUCUUUUUACUUUCACUUUUCAUUUCCUCCUCUCUAUUUUCCCCUUCUGCCACAUCUCUCCUUAUCUCUUCCACCAUAUUUGUAAAGUCUAGUUUGCUGUCCUGUGCAAAUACUCAGUCCCUUUCCUUCCUUCUCUUCUUUUCCGGUGUGUCUCCCCCACCUUCUCCCUUUCCCUCCUCUGUUCCUCCUUUCUUCGCUCUGUGGAUUCCCCAUCCCCAGUCUCUCUGGAUGAAUUCAUCUCCUUCCAGCCUCUCUCACAUACUCUCCUAUUGCCCUUCCCCAAAUCACUUUUGCCCAUGCACAUGCCCGCUUGAUUCACCCCCCCACCUCCAAAUCAUCUCUCCCUCCUACAUGCUUCCUACCCAGGCACAUGCAAAAUUCCUUAUCAAAGGUUCCCACCCUGAACUAAAAACCCACCAUCGCAGCUAAAAGCUCUCCCCACAAUACAUGCAUCCUCCCCCCACCCCCGCUCGCAUGUACAUACAUGUAGGCUCCUCUCUGCACUCCCCAAAAUAUGUAGCUCCCACCCCACUUUCAAAUGCGGCCUCCCCUCUCUUCAGCUCCCCAGGGCCCAGGGUUCUCUCAUCUCUUGCUCCUGACCAAGUUCCCUCUCUGCCCCCCCACCAUCCUUCUCUGCCACAAACUACCCCCAUCCCCGGGUUGAUCGUCCUGCGAAUUACAGGGCAGUUCCCCCGGUCCCCCUUUGGCUGGUUGCAGGAGGGGGCUCCUCCUCCCUCAGGCAGGACCCGCCUCCGAGCUGCAGGUGGCUGCUGAGAACAGGAAGUUGCAACUGUUCAUCUAGUUAAUUUCACACUCUUAUCACUAAGCUACUGUGUGACGGGACUAGGAACGGGGAAUCUCAGCCUGGGAUCACUCACCCAUCACACAGCUGGGGACUCCUCACCUCACCAUCCCAUUCCGGAUUAUUCAUAUAGACUAGAGCGGACCUUGCUUUAAAAGUGCAGCUGCCUGCGCUGAGAGGUGACAACAGGAGCUCGGGAGAUUUUUUUUUUCUUUUUCUUUUUAAACUCCCGUUUCCUCUUAUACUUCGAAGGAUCUUGGGGUUUUUUGGGUGGGCGUGAAAUUCACAGCUUUCCAGCCAGGGAGGUGUCCAUUUUUGCCCCCAUCUCCUCUCCCUGUUAAUAAAAGCAGGACUUGGCCAGGCGACACAGAUGACUUCCACCCAUAAGGAUCCGGAGUUUGACUUGCAGCAGGGGGACCAUGACCCAGAUCGAAACAUCAGCUCGCAGGAGGAAUUCGACUUUUCGAUAUUAUUCGAUUAUGAUUAUGAUUACUUGAAGUGUACAGAAGAAGAAUCGACUCCUUCACAUAAAACCAACAGCCCACCCACUGGAGUUACAUACCCUCAUGAUGAUGUCUUGGACUAUGGCCUCAAGCCAUACAGCCCCCUGGCUUUUCCUAGUCUUUCUGCAGAUCACAUGGGCAGAUAUGGACAGCCAGAUAGCAUAGGGUCAAAAUGCAACUUGGACCCUGUAAAGCCUGGGGCCUCUGCUUUGAGCCCUAGGAUUGAGAUCACUCCAUCCAAUGAACUGACUAAUUCAAGGGUUCCCUUGCACAGCAGAGACACAGAUCUUUUGGUAGAACAUCAGUCCAACUCAGCCACCGCUAGCCCAAGGUUUACACUGCCUGUCCCUGGCCAUGAGGGCUACAGAGAACCGCUGUGUUUGAGCCCAGCUAGUAGCGGCUCAUCUGCAAGUUUCAUUUCAGAGACAAAUUUCUCUCCUUACACAUCACCAUGUGUUUCACCAAAUAAUGGCCCUAGUGAUGACCUUUGUCCACAGUUUCAAAACAUCCAUACUCAUUAUUCCCCUAGAACCUCGCCAAUAAUGUCACCACGAACAAGCAUCACGGAGGAUACCUGCUUGGGACCACAUUCACCAUCACCCCGUCCCAACUCAAGGUCGUCAUCGCCAGGUGCAAAACGGAGGUACUCUUGCACUGAGCUCUGCAACACUCAGCUGCCUUCCACUUCUCCACGACAGUCAAGGACCCCUUCUCCACAAGCCUCUCCUCACAUCCCUUUGAGAGAAGACAGCUCUUUGCUCACUUAUACCCAGUUGCCCAGCUCUUCUAGUCUCAUGGAUGCUAUGAACAACCUUAGCACAGAUCCUCCCUGUGGUGUUCCCAUGAAAAUUUGGAAAACCAGUCCUGAUCCCCCAUCAGUGCCUUCCCACAAAAACAGCAUUCCAUGUCACGUCUUUCAGACUGUUGAUUACCUUGGGCCUUGUGAUCAGGAAGACAGGAGAAACUCAGCACCUGAAUCCAUUUUGUUAGUACCUCCGUCUUGGCCAAAGCAGCUGGUGCCUGCAAUCCCCAUCUGCAGCGUACCUGUUGCAUCCCUCCCACCUCUUGAGUGGCCACUCUCCAAUCAGUCUGGCUCUUAUGAAUUGUGCAUUGAAGUGCAGCCAAAACCUCACCAUCGGGCACACUAUGAAACAGAGGGGAGUCGAGGGGCAGUCAAAGCACCAACGGGGAGCCAUCCUGUGGUCCAGCUUCAUGGUUACAUGGAGAACAAACCCCUGGGUCUUCAGAUCUUCAUUGGGACAGCCGAUGAACGGAUACUUAAACCUCACGCUUUCUAUCAAGUCCAUCGCAUUACAGGCAAAACUGUUACCACCACCAGCUAUGAGAAAAUCAUAGGCAACACCAAAGUUCUAGAGAUCCCCCUGGAGCCCAAAAACAACAUGAGAGCAACCAUUGACUGUGCGGGGAUUUUGAAGCUGAGGAACGCGGACAUCGAACUGCGGAAGGGGGAGACGGACAUUGGUAGGAAGAACACCAGGGUGCGGCUUGUCUUCCGUGUGCACAUCCCUGAAUCCAGUGGCAGAAUAGUCUCUUUGCAAACAGCAUCUAAUCCCAUCGAAUGCUCCCAAAGAUCUGCUCAUGAGCUUCCAAUGGUUGAAAGACAAGAUAUUGAGAGCUGCCUAGUUUACGGUGGACAGCAGAUGAUCCUGUCUGGUCAGAAUUUCACAGCAGAGUCUAAAGUUAUAUUCACUGAGAAGACAUCAGAUGGUCAGCAGAUCUGGGAGAUGGAGGCAACAGUGGAUAAAGAUAAGAGCCAACCUAGCAUGCUUUUUGUAGAGAUACCAGAGUAUCGGAACAAGCACAUCCGUACACCUGUGAAGGUGAAUUUCUAUGUCAUCAAUGGGAAAAGAAAAAGAAGUCAACCACAGCAUUUUACCUAUCACCCAGUACCAUCAAUCAAAACAGAGCCCAUUGAUGACUAUGAUCCAGCUUUAAUCUGCAAUACAGUACACAGUGGUCUGGGAACAGUAACACAGCCUUACUAUUCACAGCACACAAUGGUCACCGAAUCCCCUUCCUGUCUUGUGGCCACUAUGGCUUCCUGCCAGCAAUUGCAUUCAGGCCUGUCUUCUACUGAUUCUCGAUAUCAUCAGCAGAACCCAGCAGCUGUAAUAUACCAAAGAAGCAAAAGUCUCAGUCCUAGCCAGCUAGGCUACCAGCAGUCCAGUUUGAUGGCCACACAGGUUUCCAUUUCAGAUGCACACAGGUCAGUGCUGGUGCAUGCUGGUUCCCCAGGCCAAACCUCAGCUGUGCUCCACCACUCUCCAGCCAGUCAACAAUCUUCUCCCGUGAUUCACUAUUCUCCAACCAAUCAGCAGCUGAGGUGCGGAAGCCAUCAAGAAUUCCAGCAUAUCAUGUGCUGCGAAAAUUUUACCUCUAAUGUAGCAAGACCCAGCCAGCCUCAGGUCAGUCAAGCACAAAGGAUAAGUCCAAGUUCAUAUCCUACCGUGAUUCAGCAGCAGACAGCCACCAGCCAGAGAGCAGCAAAAAAUGGACCGCCCGUUAGUGAUCAGAAAGAAGUGUUACCAGCUGGAGUCACUAUUAAACAGGAACAGAACCUGGACCAAGCAUAUCUGGAUGAUGAGCUGAUAGAUACACACCUUAGCUGGAUACAAAACAUUAUAUGAAACAGAAUGACUGUGAUCUUUGAUCCAAGCAAUCAAAGUAAAAGUUAAUGAAAUUAUCAGGAAGGAGUUUUCUGGACUCCCUGCCAGAAAUCAGACAUAGAAGAAGAGAUUUGUGAGACAACUUUUACUGAAUCCUUCCAUAACUGACCUGUUUAGAUCCUUCCACUGCCCCUUCAACCUCCUGCUUCCUUAAUCGUUCAUCUCAAGGCACCGAUUCAAUGCAAGGAACAAUGUAUUGGCAUCAAGCUGACAGCCUUGACUAAGCAACUCGCCACCUCUCUCUGUAAACAUCAAAAGGACACCCUUCCUUUAGUCCAAAGAUUGUAUUGUUCUCAUAUAACACGGUAUGUGUCUUGCCAGCUGCAAAUAUAUAUAUAUAUAUAUCAUCAUAAUAAGGGAGAAGAAAGGCAUCACUCCAGAGCUCUGUUCUACAGCAAAUGUGGUUAUAUAUUAGCACUUAAUUAGAUGGGGAUGAGAAAUAAGGGUAGAGGGAGUGCUUGCGUUUUAUAUAAGAUUAACAACACUUCGCAUUUAAAUAGCAACACCUUUCCAUCCAGAUCUCAAAGCCCUUUACAAACAUAGGUCACACAUUAUUAUUCCCAAUGUUAUCAAUGGGGGUAACCGAGGCACCCAUCAGUUAAAUGACUUGCAUGAGUCAGGCCACAUCUAUACUAUGGGUUCUACACUGAUGGAAGGUGUUUUUCCAUCACUGUAGGUAAUCCACCUCUCUCAGGCGCAGCCACUAGGUCAAUGGAUGAAUUCUUCCAUCAGCCUAGCUGCAUCUAUCCUGGGGGUUAGAUCAGCAAAGCUACAGUACAUGGAGUGUAACCAUGUUGAACUAAUAUUUAAGAGUAGACCAGGUCUCAGUCUGAUCUGGGAACAGAACCCAGGUUUCCUGACUCCUACUCCUGUGCUUGGUACACCAAACUGUAGUUGCCAUGUGAAUCCAGGACUUUCUUUGUUGUUUUUAAAUCAGAGCUGAUGUACCUUUGAAGGAGAGGGAUCUUUAAAGAGAAUUAAGUUAAAAGAGCAAUUAAAUGUUUCUAAUGUACAGCCCAAGUUAAAAUAACCCCUGAUAAAAUGAAGCGGAUGCACCUAUUGGAGUUACAAAAUUCAAGCAGAAUUAUGCCUGUCAAAAGACUAUGAUUGACCCAGAUUAGUGGUUAGCCAAUACAUUGACAGCUUUUAAUUUUUUUAUUCUAAUAAAGUGCUGCUGUUUAUUUUCAUGUAGAACCUGCCUUCAGUUCGUAACUGCUCUCAUUUAGAAGCCACAACAUUUAACCAUACAAGCUGCAGGGGAAAGUAAUUACAUCUAAAAGAAGCCACACAUUUAUUUGUCUUUCUUCCUUUUGCUUUGAAAAGCCAGUAGCAAUUUACAGAAAGGCUGAACUUCCUUGUUAGUCUAAUAAGUUAGCUAUGUACGACUUCUACUGCUAAUACAUAGUUUGAAUAUACUGUGCUCAUGAAAGUUAAUCAGAAUAAGAAACAGAAUAUGGAUAAUAUUUGCCAUUUGUGGUUGCAGAGCUGCUUGUCAAGUUUCACGCUUUCCAUUUUUAGAGUGUUAUUGCUUCCCUGCCAUGAUAAAAAGUUAUACCUGGAUAAAGAAAUACAGUAAGGGCUAACCAUAAUAUUGCAGCAAAUGUAAUAAUGUAAAAAUGUAAUAAUCUUUUGUUAAAUUAAUGAAAUCAAUAUCCUUAAAAGUGCUUAUAGGAAAUUUGCAGUGCUAAACAUUGCGCCAGAAGGCACACUAACUAAAGACUCAAGGGUUUCAAAGCAAAGAUUGCCAGUACCCAUGUGUUUACAUGGUGACAGCAUGAAUUAGGUUGUAUGAAAAUAUUAGAUCAGCAGAACUUCUGUAGAAUGUUUGCCCAACACUGCAAGAAAGAUAAGUGCAUAGACCCCAUGGAAUAAGUACUGGGUUUGGCAUAGCCAUUCUUCAUGAGUUUUGUGAAAAUAUAUAUUUUCUGCCACUAAAUUCUACCCCUUAAGCUAUGCAAAGGCUUAUAUCCUGGAGAGAGUUAGUGGAUAGCAUUUCACGAACUCUCUCCAGGAUAUAAGCCUUUGCAUAGCUUCAGAAUGCCUCAUUGAGAAAUUGACCUUAACCAAAAUCUUGGAUCUUAAACAACCCAGAAUCUUUGGCGUAUCUGAAAUCAAAAUUUUGCAAAUGGGAAAAACCAAAAGUCUGGAUUCAAACCUUCUUAGAUCAUUUAAAGUCUGAGUUUAUAUCCUGAACAGAAUUUUGUGGCUUACUGGAGCCCCUUUCUAUUCUUAAUCAAAAAGUUGAUUAGAUAUGUGGCCUGCGCAUGAAGUUUGCUUUUUUUUUUUCAGGUAGGUCAAACAUAUACUGCUCAUACAUGUAGUCAGUGCUAGUGAUAGUGAUAUCAUGUGGUAUAUUUUUGAUAUUAAAAUACUCUCUGGGAGCCCUUUUCCUAAGCCUCCAUCAGAAUUAAUAUAUUUUCAAAAAUGAAAACAUUGCACAUUGUUUUUUGAGUUGAAAUGCUGAUGCAGCCGUUGGUUCAGUGUUUUCUUUUCUUUGAGAUCUUAAAUAUCACGUGCUAGUGUAACACACAGACCAAGCAGGAGCAUUUCUUCCAAUUGGAAGGUAUUCUGCUUUGAACGAUUAGAAUCUUAUGCCAUUUCAGCAAUACGAAAUGUGACUAUCACACAAUACUGCCAGCAGUGGAUGUUUCAGUCUGCCACUCAUAUAGCCAGCUACACAUGCUCCAUCUGUAAAUAAUACAACAAAACUUUCAAGUCCUGGUCCUGUAUCUAUUGAAGUCAAUAGACUUUUUGUCAUUGGCUUCCAUGGGAGCAAGCCUGGGGCUUUGAAUCUGAUGAAUUAAAAAUGACCUAGAUGUAGUGGAAUUAUUGUAUAUUAUUCAACAACUCUAGGUGCUAUGUUUUAAUAUGUUUAAUUUCCUCAGAGACUUGCUUUAAUAAUGCAGUGUACCAUGAGAUAUUCGAGAUCUCUGGUUCUUUUUAAGGCGGAUAAAGUUCCAGGCAAAACAUCCUAUUGUUUUGAAUUGUCUUGGUUCUCAAGGAGCAAAGUUAUCUUGCAUAAGUUGUUUAUUUCAGCUUACUUUACUUGAGCACGUGCGUAGUCCAAAGGAGUUUUCCAGUUUUACACAAUUUUGGCAUAACGGAAUUAAAAGCUACCAUAAAAAUUACUUGGCAGAUUGGUUUUCCUGUAUGGACUCUCUUCUUGUUGAAUUUUAAUAAGCAGCACAAAGAAAUAUGUGAACUAAUUAUUUUGGUUACACAAUAAAUUGGCUAGAUGGCAUGUUCUAAAAAAACCGCAACUCAUUAGAUGAUAGUUUCAAAAUAAAACCCCAAGAAGGGACAGGUUUUCAACAGCAUUAUACACACAAAUGCAUGCCUGACUUGGACAAGUAUAUGGGGUAAUUGCACACACAAAUCCACUAGAAACCUUGGUCAUCUCAACAUGCAAUUACCCAAAUGAAAUGUGACAUCAUGGUACAUGUGUUGCCAUUAAGUGUGCCUACCUGUUCUGGCACUGCCACUAAAUUAUCAGUUGAGCAUCCUGCAUCACUUCCCCAUUUUACAUAUUAGGCUUUUCUUACCAUGAUACAUAAAUGUAUAAACCACACAGGAACUAAGGCUUUGAUCUUUACAAGGUGACACCCAUGUGGAGUUCCACUGAAGUCAUAUUGCAGGAUCUGCCUGUUAAACAUGCUCUCUCUCCUAUUUUGGUGGAAGACUUGUCUUUGUUUUUAAAUCCAUUGAUCUUACAUUUUUCCUUCAAGAGCUAGGCUGCGUAGGGUGGGAUAGUAAUUUUUAUGUGCUUCAAGGGUUCUAGUGCUUCUUGCAUUAAGCUGGAUGCUUUUCUUCCUAAAGUUUAACACAUAGCUAAUUAGAUGUAUUUGUGUAUGAGCAUAUACACAUACGUUAUAUACUUGGGUUGCAAUCCUGCAACUGGCACCAAAGGGACAGAUUGCUGCACCUGCAUGAUGUCAGCUAAAGGAUCAAGGCUCUUCAUACAUGUAUAUAAUAUAGACUACAUUUUAGUGGUUUUAUUUACAGCUAUAUGAAGUCUGCCUAUACUACGGUAUCUGCUUUUCAUCAUUUUACAUGCCAAACAUUCGAUAAAUAAUAUAGUCUUAACUAACUUCAUAUUUAUUUCUGGAGAGAGGGAGGAGGAUCCUAAGACACAGCGUUAUGCAGUUUUGUCUCUUAAAAAUGUUAUAGCUAUGCUGAAUAGCUUCAAAAUAUAUAGUACUAAAUUAUUUCCUUUUUUUUUUUUUUUGCUAAGCAGUGUUUUUCCAGUAUUAAUAUUGUUACAUAAAUAAAAAUUGCUCUCUUGCGCUCUCUGUAGCAACAUUAGGUUCACCUUGGAAGAGUUAAUAGCAUUUGUGAGUAAUUUGUUCUCACUUUAUCUGGAAAAUAGCCAUAUUUGCACAUGAGGAAAUUCUGUCUUUCCUCAGUUAUCUGAAUGUUUCACCACAGUGCCUUCCUGCUAUUGUACCAAAGGCCCUCCAAAUAUACUGUCCACAGAGUGAACAACUCUAAUGCAUUUUCCAUCGAUAUUAUACCAUGCUCAGUACAUGGGGCUCAUUGUAACUCAAAGUAUGUCUAGCUGUCUUUUUUUCCCCCCACACUUUUCCGUCAUAGCUUUGGCUGCAGAUUACAGGAUGUGCUUCUAUAAACUGUUGCAUCAAUUAUAUAAAUACAUAAAAUAAAAUAAUCAUUCUUGAUACAUAAACAGUCUGAGAGCAUAAUGGGAGUUGACAGCUAUAAGGAAGAUUUUAUGUCAGUUACAAAUGUUGUAAGUAAAGUUUGCCAGGAGAGUAAUUGCUUGUGAAGAGAUUUGCAAUGAAAUAUGCAGCCCAGUUUUGUUUUUCUCCAUGAGAAUAAGCAAAAUGUAAGAUCUGAACAGCAGCAGUGGAUUGAAAGUGUCUAUUGUAUGUGUUUUUAUUGGUAGAAAGAAUGUAGAAGAGCCAUGUUUUUUGCACUUGCUUUAUUUGUAUCCAUGUAAAUAUGUAUUACUUCAUUCUUCUUGUAGGAAUACACCAUUUUCUGAAUGUAGUAUAUUUCCGAAGACAGCAGUAUGUUAUUCUCUAUUGUAUAAAAAUGCUGCUGCUUGAUAAUAUAUCUAAAACAGUUCUCAAAAUUAGCUAGCAUGUUUUUUAAUAUAUUUUGUAAUCCAUAUCUUAAAAAAUAAAAGUGUCUAUGCUUUUUAUCUGCCCCAAAUAUGCAACAUCUUUUGCAUGAGAAAUGGUAUUUAUAAAGGAUUGUUUUGUAUUUUUUCCAAGUGGAUUAAUUUCUCUAUGCAUUUAUUAUUGAACGUUUCCCCCAUAAGAGAAAUGAUUUCAAGCUGGUAUUUGAUAAAUGUUCCAAAGACUCCAAACAUGUUUUUGAACACACUAUUUUUCAAAAUACUUCAAUGUGACCUGUUUUCCAAUGAAUCAGUUUCCAAAUUGCUACUUAUCACAGAAGAAUUGUUUCUUACAUGGAUUCAAGAAAAUGUCUGUCUAAAUUUAAGAUAUAAAACUGGGUCAAACCUGGUGGUGUUUGACCAAGUUUAAAUUAUCUGAUGGCCCAAUUUAGUAUCUACAUUGAAUGUUUGUUAUUUAUACUGUUUGUGCUUAUGGAAUUGGGAGAGGUGCCUACAUUGGAUUUAGACAAAGUGAACCACAGAUUCCACAAAACUUACUGUUUUCUAUGGAAUUUGUGAUGUUUUUUGUACUGUCCUUGAUUUCAAACAUGUAAUUCUAAAGCAUUUAGCUUGAUAUGAAAAGAGAUAGACACCAAUGUACCAAUUAGCUCUUAAUACAAUAUGAACUAUCCACCCCCUUGAACAUUUCACAUGAAGUUAGCAUACCUUUCUCUUACAUCUGUGCUACUGUGUAACCCCAGUGAAUGACAGUUACUAACAAUUUGCUUAACCAGCAUCAAUCACCUUAUUAUAGUCUAUGUAAGAUUUAUCUAUUUUUAAAAUUGUUCCUUGUGUGUAAUCCAAAGAAAUAAACUGGUACCUGACUAAUGUUGCAAUAAAGUUUCAAAUGCAGGUGCUGGUAGCUGUAUAUGAUCAUAUAGGCUGCCAAUGAGAGGCAAUCAGGGGAAAAGUUUAUAUUUUGAGUUUCCUUUGCUAACUCCCCUGAAACUGCUACAAAAAAGCUGGAAGAUUCCAGCAAUAAUGACCUAUGCAGAUGCUACAUGGAUGUACUGAGUUUCCAAACAAUCCAUGUAUCUGUUGUAGAGUAGAUGGGUUAUUUUCAAAUAUUAUGAAGGACUAGACGGCAAUGCUCAUACUCAUGCUGAGCAGUACCUUACUACAUGAGUAGUCCCAUGGGUGUCGGCAGGCUGUAGACUAUGGGUGUAGUCAGGUGCUAUUCAGUGUCAGUAACGGUGGCAUAAUUGGGCAAUAAGUAAGUAAAUCAAUUAAAAAAUAAGUAUUUCUGGUGAUCCCUGUAUUCCCAGGCUUGCUGCUCAAGUCACAGUCUCCCUGUUCAGAUAACACUCUGCAUCAAAUGCAGAUACUCAAGUGAGCAAAUGACUUUCAAACAGACGUUUUACUACUAACUUGCUUAUGCAAAAGUCUAUGUUUAAAAAGUGAAGAGGAGUUUAUAUCACACACAUUCCUAUGCAAAACAUUGUUAACCUCCAAUUCAAUGAUUUUUUCUAUCUGUAAAAUAUUUUAUAUAGCUUGUACUAUGAUAGUUUAGCAAUAAAUCAAAGAACAA